AUGGAACCUGAAAGAAUGAAUACUCACAAGUACGGUUUCAAGGAUCCCAAUCUAGAAGAACUGAGAAAGCUAGCAACUUUGGUUACUGAUGUUAAUGGUUUUGUGAAGUGUCAUGGAAGAUUUCUUUAUAUUUUAUUCACCAGAAUUGAAGAUAUACUUCUUAAUACUUUGGUCGAGUUCUACGAUCUGGUUUAUCAAUGUUUCACCUUUCCUAAUUAUCAGUUGGUACCCACUUUAGAGGAGUGUGCUCACCUGAAAUCUGAUAUAGAGGCUAAUUUUAUCACAAAAGGAUGCAUCAAGGGGAUUAGUGUUGAGUUCUUGAUGAAGAAGGCUAAUUAUUUUGCUAGUGCUGGUAGCAUGAAUGCUUUUGAGGAUAUUCUAGCCUUAUUGAUCUAUGGCUUGGUUCUUUUCCCUAACGUUGACAACUUUGUUGAUGUUAACGCUAUUCAGAUUUUCUUGAUUGGGAAUCUCAUUCCAACUCUGUUAGGAGAUACUUAUCAUUCUAUUCACUCCAAGACUAAUAAACAUAAGAGGACUAUUGUAUGUUGUGCAUCUUUGUUGUAUAACCUUCCUCAGACUCUUACUUUUUGGGACAACAAAGAGUGUUUGAGGCAGUCUCAGAGGAUUAUGUCUCUUACUAGCUCUAAUAUUGUGUGGUAUUCUCAUGUUUACUUCUAUACUAAGAUUGUUGACAGUUGUGGAGAGUUCUCUAAUGUGUGUCUUCUUGGUACAUAA